ACUUCGAGAAAACUUCCCCAAAACUUAAAAACUCAAGAAAACUUUGAUUGUCUGUUGGAAUUGGAGAAGCUCCGCCUCCAACAAGCUGAACAAGCUGUUUAUGAAGCAUUCAAUGAUGAGCAUCUGCAGAAUGCAAUUGCAAUCUUAAGGGAGGAUGAAAACAUAAGCUGGAGAAUCCUGGAGCCAUGUGUUUAG